AGGUGGCCGCUCGCUAUUUUACCUCGACCAAAGCGACGAAACUGCUCUGUAUUUCACAAUCCAAAAGGCAAUAUCCAGGAUUCAGGCACUGGCGCUCGGCGCGGUCCCCAUACCUUCCCUCGCAGGACGCGGCGACCUGGAGGCGGACGCACCGCCGCCACCGUAGUCACCGCAUCUCACGUCUUCUCCUACCUUUAGAAAGAAGACUACUGGCGAGGGGGAAAAUUUAUGCACAGAAUGGGUGCUAUUAAGUCUGCCAUCGGCGACGCGGUGAUCACCUUCCUCUGGGUAUUCUGCGUCUCCACUAUCGGGGCCCUAACCUCCAUCAUAUCAUCCGCUCUCCAGGUUCAGGGUUUUGCACCCAACCUCCUCAUUAUCACCUUUCUAAUCGCCGUCCUCGUCUUCUUCUUCAAUCUCAUCGCUCACGCCCUCGGCGGUGCCAGCUUCAAUCCGACUGGCAUCGCUGCAUUCUACGCGGCUGGUAUCGGCGGAGACUCUCUCAUCUCACUGGCCGUCCGCUUCCCUUCUCAGGCCGCUGGGGCGGUGGGGGGUGUGCUGGCGAUUGUGGAGUUCAUGCCUUCUCAGUACAAACACAUGCUUGGCGGACCGUCGGUCAAAGUAGACCUACACACUGCGGCAAUCGCGGAAGGGUUACUGACAUUUCUCAUCAGUUUUGCUGUGUUGUGGAUAGUUAUCAAGGGACCUCGAAGCAUGGUCGUCAAAUCCUUGAUGCUGGCUGUCACCACUGUGACCUUGGUCGUUAGUGGCUCUGGGUAUACUGGACCAGCCAUGAAUCCCGCUAAUGCAUAUGGCUGGGCAUUUAUCAAGAACCGCCACAACACGGUGGAGCAGUUUUAUGUUUAUUGGAUUUGCCCCUUCAUUGGCGCCAUUUCAGCUGCGUGGUUUUUCAGAAUCUUGUUCCCGCUGCCUUCUCCAAAGACCACGAAGGUCAAAAAGGCUUGAGCUCUUAGGCAAACAUUAUUAAAACGCUGGAAUUCCUAAAUAUUCCAAUAAACAGUUACGAAGUGUUAUUUAAGUUUCAUUUGGGACAGUUUUUUUAUUGCUCUUAAAAUAGCUUUUUAAUACAAAAAAUAUUAAAAAGUUAAUUUAAAAAGCAUAAAAAAACUGUCCCAAAUGAAGCAUGUGUCUGUUUGUGUACUCGUAUUUGGACUUUAUUUGGCAGUAUGCUACGUGGUUAUCUAUUAAUUGUUCAAAUUCUUCUAAAAACAACCGUGCGCUGUGUAUUUUGACGGAGCAUUUGCUUUACUGUGGCAAUUAUUCAGGCUUACAAAUAAAUUAAAAUAUGUGUAUAAAGUGGUUUCUCA